AUGGCUAAAUAUGCUGGCCCCAGCAGAGCUGCGGGUGAGUUCCUGGUGUAUAUGCAGGUCACUCUCCUGAUGCUCUGGCUGAGAGUACUUCUCUUCCUUCCUGGAUGGCCCCAGGUUGGACACUUCCAAAGACUUGGUUCCCCAGAACUGGUGGUUCCCUUGAGGGUAACAGACACUGGCAGAGGCGUGAAGUCUCACGGCUGGCUCUCUUACCAACUGCAUUUUGGGGGCCAGAGACAUGUUGUUCACAUAAAGGCCAAGAAGCAUUUUUUGUCCAGAAACUUCCCAGUGUUCACCUACACAGACCAGGGUGCUCUCCUGGAGGACCACCCUUUUGUCCAGAAUGACUGUUAUUACCGUGGUUAUGUGGAGGGGGACACAGAAUCUCUGGUUUCCCUCACUACCUGCUUUGGGGGCUUUCAAGGAAUAUUACAGACAAAUGGCAUCGUUUACGAAAUUGAGCCCAAAAGGCUUUCUACUACAUUUGAACAUCUAGUAUAUAAGAUGAACGAUGAGGAGACAGAACUUCCACCCAUGAGAUGUGGGUUGACAGAUGAAGAAAUAGCAGCACAACUGAAGUUUCAAGAGAGCAUUAAACCUACUUUGAUGCAAAGUGACUACGAAGGCUGGUAUAGCCACAGGUAUUUUCUUGAAGUGGCAGUGGUUGUAGACUAUACUCGAUAUGUUCAUCACGAAAGUAAUACCUCACUUGUGCAAAAUGAAGUAUGCCUUAUUUUCAAUGGAGUAAACAGUAUGGUUCUGGCACAAAAA